UGUCAGACUGGUGCGUAAACGCGGACACGAGCCCUAUAAAGUAGAUGGUUGGCAACUGACACAGACUUUUCAGAAGCCGUUCGGCAAAAUAGCUGCGUUCAGCAAUAACAGGAAGACCAAAGGUCGGGAUGACAUUACAGAAGGUACUAAAAUUCAUCGUUGUUCUCCUUCUGGGCGCCUACGUCUGGAAUAAGGACCCCGCAAAGACUUCAAACAUGUUUUUCAAAGAGAAAAGAGACAUAAAAGUAACCCACAGGCAUGGCAGAGAAAAAAGGAAUGGUAUCGCACCUCCGACCCAACUAAUCACAGUGGACUUGGUCCUCACCGUGAACACGUCAAAGCCAUUUGCGUUCAUCGAUUCGCUGAGGGUUGCCGUGGAGGAUGCUCCCUCCAUCUUGGAGUCUGGGAGAAAUGAUUUAAGACUGGACUGGAAUCUUACCACGGUUUGCUCGUCAAAUUCAAGCUCCGCUACUGAAUAUGAAUGUCAGUGCGAGGAGUCGUUCGGAUGGCCGUGUGACAUCUGCGAAACUCAUCCUACGUGCAACAACGCCAGUACAAUACCGACGUGUGACUGCAUACGUGGCGUCCCUCCAUUCGGGGGGUUCUGUGAAUCAAUUUCAAUUAUCCCACCAUGUCCAACACCGAUCCCACCAGUCAUGCAGCCAACGAUACGAGCUUCAAUAGACACCGUUCUCGACAUCAGGACACUCAGGACGGAGCCAACAGACGUUAUUCAACGACUCCGAGAAGCAGUGGAGAGUUUACCGUUACACGUCACCGUCGAUUUCAUCAUGACAGAAUUUAAUCUGACCACGGUCUGCCAGUCAAAUUUCAAUCUGGAAGAGAAGUGCGAGUGCGGGGAAGGGUACCUAUGGCCUUGCGGGGUCUGUGAAACUUUUGGUGCCUGCAACAAUGACAGCGUGGAAAAUUGCGACUGCAUCAAUACGAUUCCCCCAAACGGAAUAUUCUGCCUGCCAAGCGACUCCUCUACAUGUCCAACAGAAAGUCCACCGACAACGACCCCGGCGAUAGACGAGAGGUUCUUAUCAUUCACCUUAGACCUGGACUUUGACGACUCAUUCAACGACGAAAAUAAUAACGUUUUCCUGACAUGUUCAAAUUCCAUUGAAACGCAAUCACCGAUCCACAUUCCAGGUCUGCAAUCGGCGGAUCUUUUACUCAUCAGGUCUGGUAGCACCAUUAUCGACUUUGCCAUUUCGGCAAAUACUCCAAUUCAAGACUCGGCUGUUGAAGCACUUCUAGUAGGAAUAUUCAAUGACGUGAGGAACUCGUUUCCUGUGGUGUUUGAGAGCCGCAGGAGCUUAGAAGCUGUACCAUCCGAGGUAUUUUUCGGAGAAACCGUGACUCUGGCAUGUGGCCCACCACCGCAGAACCUCGACUUCCGCAUCACUUCGACGGAGUGGACGCGUGAUGGAAUUGUAAUCAAUGAAGAUAUAGAUGAUCGCCACAACUUUUCACGAGAUGAAAGAUCGGAAACGCUUACGAUCACAAAUUUCCUCGUCACCGACGAUGGACAAUAUCAAUGUCGGCUGUUCGAUGGGGAGUCAAGUUUCCUACAAGAGUCGAAUCAAAGAGUCAGGCUUGGGAUCACACCCGCAAUCCGGGUUGUCCCGCGCCGAAACACAAUCGUGUGCGAGGUUGGACAGGAAGUGACACUCCAGUGCUCUGUCCAGGAACCCUAUCGGGUGGUGUUUAGCGACAUCUCGGAUUCAGAUACUGGAACCGAUAUCCAAGAAGUCAUUAUAAUCACACAGGAAGACUGCGACAACCGAGAAAUCAACAUCCCUUGUCAAGAGAUUCAAUUUACUCAGUUCAGACAGAACAUCUCAUUGGUGUUGGUCGGCGAAGGUGAACUCAUAUGCGUCGGUGAUCCGGACUUUGGAAAUGGAGUUUUAAACGAAAUGGCCAGUGUCCCUUGUGAUAUUGGCGAGGUGGGAGAGAUGACCGCCGUUUGCAGGGAAAGUGGCGAAUGGGAAGAUCGAGAAGAUACCUGCGUCUUGGAGAGGAUUGCGCAACUACUCUUUGAAUCUCGGUUUUUGACUGAAACGACUUUGCCAGAGUUCUUGGACGAACUCAGCAAUGCCACGGUCGAACUGAGCGAGCCAGUGACUGAAAAUCCGAACAACAUCGAGGCCAUCGUGACCAUUCUGAACAAUGUGGCGUCCUUUGUGACGGCGGUUUUGUUCCAGAUAAGUCAGGAGUCUAUGGAGGAUGUCCUGUUAACUACCGGCGUCCUUACCCAAGAUCAGGCAAUUGACGCGUGGGACACUCUUAACACCGAAGCUGUCAUCGAGGUUCUAGGAAGGAGAACCGUCACUCCCAGAAAUGAGAGCACCAGCUCCCUACUGUUGUUUUCUCUCGAGGGCAUCACGAGCCGACUCGUCAACGAUUCCUUCGGCAUCGAAACCCCUUUGAUUCUCCUGAACAAAACGGCAUUCAACGGCAGCUUCAACGGGGACUUUAAUUCCACCGUGGAGAUCGACAUCCCGCAGUCUAACGGAGAGACCAACCUCACCGUGAUCACCUUUGAGUCCCUGGAUAACGUACUCGUCCCGAGAGACGAGAACAACGCCUCGGGCAGGGUCAUCAACGGGAGAGUCGUCCUGGUUCAAUCCGACACGACCGUCAGCAACAUCACGUUCACCUUUGACAUCGUAAACGACGGCCUGGGGAACCCUCAGUGCGUGUUCUGGAACUUUUCCCUCUUCGACGGUCUCGGGGGAUGGGACGGCGACGGCUGCGAGCUCGUCGAACAAGCGGACGACACGGUCACGUGCCUGUGCGACCACCUGACCUCUUUUUCGAUGCUCAUGUCGCCCAACUUUCCCAACAGCCGCAUCUUGAGUUACAUCACCUUCAUCGGCGUGGGCAUCUCCAUGGGGUCUUUAGUUUUAUGCCUCAUUAUCGAGGCCUUUAUAUGGACCAGAGUUCGAAAGGACGAGCUAUCCCACUUGCGCAACAUCGCCAUUGUCAACAUCGCUCUCUCUCUCCUGAUCGCAAACAUUUGGUUCAUUAUCGGCGCCAGCAUCUCCGAGGGAGACAAAACAAAUACGCCCGCCUGCACCGCCGCCACCUUUUUCAUCCAUUUCUUCUACUUGGCCCUCUUUUUCUGGAUGUUGAAUUUUGCCCUGUUCCUGUUCUAUCACACGGUCAACAUUUUGGGCAGAGGACCCUCGAAAACGGCCAUGUUGAUCAUGGGAUUCACAUUCGGCUACGGGAUACCGCUGCUGAUCGCGACCCUGACGAUAGCGAUCACCGCUUCGAAGAGGACUUACGUUCAAGAAAAUCAGGUCUGCUGGCUCAAUUGGAAUCAGUCGAAAGCACUGCUGGCCUUUGUCAUCCCGGCACUCCUCAUUGUGUUUAUAAACAUCCUCAUCUUAAUCGUGGUGUUGGUGAAAGUACUGCAGAGUCGACGAAAACAAAGCAGCGUGAAAGAGAGCGAUAAGCACGUAUUGGAGGCCGUUUGUCGGACCUUAGCUAUCCUCACGCCGUUUUUCGGAAUAACUUGGAGUCUUGGAGUGGGAACCCUAGUCGCCCCGAGAAAUUUGGGAAUCCACAUUGCCUUUGCCUUCUUCAACUCCCUGCAGGGCUUCUUCGUAUUGGUUUUUGGAACGCUCUUGGUCAAAAGGGUGCGGACAGAAAUCGCAAGGCCAUUUAUCAGAUUCUCCCAAGCUACUUCUGGAAGUGGGACAAAGAUCACCAGUACUGGAAAUUCAUCAAGUAUCUUGCAAGCUUUUAAGAACAUUGGACGAGGAGGCGGUAACAACGUGUCUUCUGAUGUCAGUGCAUCAUCUCACGCCGGUUGGUCUCGAUGACCGCUGCACCUGCAUCUCUGCUCCAGUUGACCUAGCGACAAACGGUCGCCAAAUCUUGUUUGCAAGAUUGUUAUUCUACUUCUCAAGUACUUUCAUACUGCUGUCCUAUUGUCCUCUUUCAAAUUUGCCUUCCGAUAAUACGUUCUACGCGGCCCACACGAGUCACGAUAUUCUGCUACAGUGUGCCGGCGGAUCUAGUCUCCAUAUUUGCUCCUUUCAAGACACCCAAGGACACUUUACAAUAACCAAAAACACAAAACAAUAGCAUUACUUACUCAUGAUGGAGUAUUGCCAGAUAUGAAAAGCUACCAGUUUGAUGUUUGUUUGGAAUACACAAUUCAGUAAAACAUAAAAGAGGU